AUGCUAACAUCAAUCAGCGGACAAAUUCUAGGAUGGACUGGUUUGAUCAAAGUCGAUGGCAACACCUUCGUCUGGAUGGGAAAGCCCGAUGGCUACAACGACUUUGCUAAUCAGACAUCAUACGAAUAUACGUCGACCAAGAGCAUCUUCACCAUCACCGCGGGCGACACGGUUCAGCUCAAAGUCACAUUUCUGUCACCAAUAACUCCUAAUGACUUCAAGCGACAAUCUCUCAUCUUCUCGUACAUGGACGUCGAGGUCUCGUCUCUAGACGGUUCUCAACAUGACGUGCAGAUUUAUACCGAUAUCAGUGCUGAAUGGACGUCUGGUGAUGUCGCUGCUGUGGCUGAGUGGAGUUAUGGUACUACAUCAGAUGGUAUCGGGUAUCACAAGAUUUGGAAGCAAGGUCAGCAAUCUUUGAGUGAGGUCAACGACCGCGCAGAGUGGGGUAACUGGUAUUAUUCUACCGAAGCAGUCGAAGGUCUUACGCAUAAGUCCGGCGCAGACUCUGAAGUCCGCGAUGCCUUUGACAACGAUGGAAGCCUCGACAACGCGGAAGACUCUGGAUUCCGACCAAUUAACGCUGAGUGGCCAGUGUUUGGAUACGCUCUCAACAUGGGUUCCGUCGGUUCUGACGUGAAGAGCCAGCUGUACACUAUCGGUCUAUGUCAAGACGAUGCUAUACAGUUUCUAGGCGCCGACGGCCUCAAUAACGUGCCAUCACUUUGGAAAAGUUACUUCCAGGACGACCUCGCCGCCCUUUCUUUCUUCUACAAAGACUACCAAGAGUCCAACCGACUCUCCACGGAGCUCGAUGAUAAGAUCUCUAAGGAUUCCAAAGCAGCUGCAGGAGAUGAUUACGCUGUACUGACUAGCUUGGCUGCUCGUCAGGCAUUCGGCGCCACUCAGCUUGUCGGGACUCAAGAGAAACAUUACCUCUUUCUCAAGGAAAUCUCAUCAAACGGAAACAUGCAGACUGUGGACGUCAUCUACCCCGCCACCCCGAUCUUCUACUAUACCAACCCAGAAUUAGUCAAGCUGUUGCUUGACCCGCACUUCGAGAACCAGGAGAGCGGGCACUAUCCAAACAAGUUCGCUAUUCAUGAUCUCGGAGCGCACUACCCCAACGCUACCGGCCACCCAGACGGUUUGGACGAACACAUGCCGCUGGAAGAAUGCGGAAACCACAUGUUCAUGAUGCUCGCCUACGUCCAGCUAUCCGGCAACACCGACUACAUCACCCAACACUACCCCAUCCUCAAGCAAUGGACCGAAUAUCUUGUAGAAGAAAGUCUCCUUCCAGCCGAUCAACUCUCUACCGACGACUUCGCGGGCGCACUCGCCAACCAAACUAACCUCGCACUAAAAGGCAUCGUUGGCCUCGAAGCCAUGUCCUAG